CCAGUUUACAAGAGUACAUUUAAUAUAUAAUAUAAGCCUGUACUUGUCCUCCUACAAUUUCAGUACUUGCAUAACUACUUUCUUAUUCGACUGAUAUAUGAACCAUCAGUGAUAUUUUCUGAGCAUCCAACUUUUUUUUAUCAAUAAAUAAUAAUAAUAAUUAAUAUUAUUGACCAACGAUGGCUAUCGAUCCAGAACAUGAGAAAGCCUAUUCACCAGGUGCCUGGAGUAAAAAAUACACUGAAGGGUACGAAGAGUUUUUGGAAAUAUCUAAGCGAGCGACGAUCGAUGCGAGAAAUUCUAUACCCUGCAAGUUGGACAUAGCUUAUGGACCUACUGAACUUAUGAAAUAUGAUUACUAUGGGACCAAUUUACCCAAUGAUGCACCUGUUUUGAUUUUUAUUCAUGGCGGAUAUUGGCAAGAAUGUUCCAAAGAAAUGGCUGGGUUCCAUAUCAAGCAGUUGGUGUCCAAAGGAAUAAAAGUAUUUAAUUUAGGGUACAAUUUGUGUCCACAAGUGACUUUGAGUAAUUUGGUAACAGAAACAAGAACUGGGAUAGAAGAAAUAUUAAAAGUAUGCCGGAAAAUGGGUUGUAAAGGUGUUUGGGUGGCUGGGCACAGUGCGGGAGCUCAUUUAGCAGCUUCUUUAUUGUACGACCGUGAAUGGCUGACGGCAAUUAAACAAUCAAAGCAAUUAAAUUUACUGAAAGGUCUUAUUUUAAUCGCUGGCAUUUACAGUCUUGAGCCCGUGCUGACAACUUCUUUUAAUCAAGCUUUGAAAUUAACUGACCACGAAGUUAAAACUCUGAGUUUCAAUACCCUGGACAUGAGUAAAGUUGAAGCUGUUAAUAAUAUAAAAGUAAUAGCGGUCGUUGGUGAAAAGGAUGCUCCGGUUUUUGUUAAGGAAUCAAAAAAUUACUCAAAAAGGCUCAUUGAGUUUGUGGACCAAGUAGAAUUUGUUUUAUUAAGAGACAUGAUCGAUCACUUUGAUAUCAUAGAAAAUUUACGUGACCCGAACUACUUAUUGACCAAAAUAAUUAUAAAUAAUAUUAUGUCAUAACCAGUAACUGCCAUUUUAUUAAAUGGUAUCAAAUAUAUAUAUAAAAUAUAUUUUAUAUUUAAUCA